GUUACUGGUUCUGGACUGUUCGACGAGACGAGCGGCACAUGGAAAGCAAGCGCAGUCUUACGCUACCAAAGGAAGGCAGAGAGACUGCUCGAGUUCCUUGCAGGCUGCAUCCACACGACAGGCGGCCAGACUGGGCGAUCACCAGAGCUUUUCAGUCUCACAUACCAGAACAGCGCUCUCGGCGAACGCGGUUUAUACAUCUACAACGGCUCAGUAAUGACGCUCACACGGCAUCACAAAGCCAAACGUUCAACCAAUCGGGAAUUCAACGUUGCGCGCUUCCUUCCUCUUCGAGUCGGCCGAGUCAUGUUCCGAUGCCUGGUGUAUAUCCGUCCCUGA